AUGGGAGCUAAGAACCUCACAUCUGUGACGGAAUUCAUCUUGCUGGGACUCACCAGUCACCGGAAGACCCAACUGCUUCUCUUUUCUGUAUUCCUUCUCAUAUACUCACUGACUCUUGUGGGGAACCUGCUGAUCAUCAUCCUGGUGCUGACAAACUCCCACCUCCACACCCCCAUGUACUUCUUCUUGACGCAUCUCUCGGGUCUGGAGGUCUGUUACGUCACCAGCACCAUGCCCCAGAUGCUGGCUCACCUGCUGUCCGGAAAUGGAGCCAUCUCCUUCACCCGCUGCAUGCUCCAGAUGUACAUUUCCCUCUUCCUGGGUUGUUCCGAAUGCUUCCUGUUGGGUGUCAUGGCCUAUGACCGCUACCUGGCCAUCUGCCAUCCACUAACAUAUGCCAUUCUCAUGGGCAGGUGGCGUCUACUGCAGCUUGCUUCAGUCUCCUGGGGAAUUCCUGUUAUCCUCACUGUGGUAAAUGUGCUGUGCACACUGUGCUUCUCCUUCUGCGGCCCCAAACAUGUCAACCACUUCUUCUGUGAACUUCCGGUGGUGAUGAAACUUGCUUGUGGUGACACUCGUGUCGCAGAAGCCAUCCUUUUUGUGACGGCCAUGCUGGCCCUGCUGCCCCCCCUGUCUAUUAUCCUGACUUCUUAUGGACUCAUUCUAUCCUCUGUGUUACGAAUGCAGUCUACCUCCGGACGGCACAAGGCUUUCUCCACCUGCGCCUCCCACUUGGCAGUCGUCACCAUGUUCUAUGGGACCAUCAUUUCCAUGUACAUGAGGCCCCAAUCAGUCUCCGCCCCUGAUCAGGAUAAGAAAACAGCUGUCUUUUAUAUUGUGAUCACCCCUCUCCUGAACCCCAUCAUUUACACUUUGAGGAACAAGGACAUUCAUAGGGCAGUGAAGAAGACGCUGCGAAAAACAGAUUUUGAACAAAAAUACUGA